UCGCACACCUUUCGCACAGGUCAGAUAUUUUACACACGCGACGGCGGGUUCGAAUAACAUUGGAUGAGAAACGCGUAUGUGCGUUUCAGUUUUGAAGCAUAGAGUCUGUUACCUUCUCAACGAGAUGCAAUCCAGAUCUCCCCAUGCGGCCUUCUUCUCCUCUCUCAAGCAGGUAGAGAAGAGAUUGGCAUCAGAAAAUAGCAAUAACAACAACAAUAACAAUAAAAAUCCAUCUCAAAUUCCUCUCACCAAAUCAAUUACAACAACAUCCACAGUAGAAAGUCUCAGCUCUCCCAUUUAUCUCGGGUAUCAUCAACCAUAUGACAACAACAGCAGCAGCAGUUUAAGACUCCUCCAAGACAGCGAGCCUCCUCAAGAAUUCCUCUCUCAUUCCAUUGAAUUCCCGCAAACCGCGAAAGACCCAACGCAGCCUGAUGAUCCGAACGACGAACCCAUCACCGGAACGGACGAUGGAGAUGAUAUUGGACGGUUAAUGGAUCUACUGGGCUUAUCAGAUUGUGCGCAUGAAGGGGGGAAUUUGAAGAGCAUGUCUUGUUUCUGCAAUGGCGGGUUUUACUCAAAGGUUGCAGGGGUGAAGGGACCCAAGUGUGAGAAGGAGAUGGAGAGGCUAGAGGGGUGGAUUGGUUAUUUUUUAAAUGACGGAGGGGAGAAGAAAGAGCCUUUGAGAUUGGCUCACUUGCUUUUGGGAAAAGCUGCUGUUAUGGAUGAAAAUGGUUUUGGAGGGAUUGAUUUUCCCGCUACUGUGGAGGAGUUUUUAUACAAUGAUCCCCCAACAGAAUUACAUUAGCAUAGAGAAAUUAGGGAUGUGUUUGUGUUUGAAAUUGUGAUGGUGCUCAAUUCUAAAAAAGAACUUUUAUCGAACAUUUGGUGUGCCUGUGAGAAAUGAGUAUACUCAAUAUGGUAAGCCUGCCAGCUUUUUGGCUGGAUUUGUGCUUUGGCCUAGAA